UGAAACUACAUGUCUGAGGACAAACUCUCUUUUUCUUCUUUACAAAGACAACGGAGAACUCUUGGCAGGCCUGAAGCCCUUCUAUUAAAGUCUGGAUUUGCAGCUUUUAUCUUUGUCAGUUCUUUUCUGUCGUCUGCUCAUCUCAGCCACUGUACUUAAGGAAGUACAAAAGACAUGGCCUCAGCCAGUGUCUUCACACUUGAGGGACAGCCUCUGUGUUCAAUCUGUCUCCAUGAGUUCACUGAGCCUGUCUCUACUCCAUGUGGACAUAACUACUGCAAGGCCUGUAUCACAGCAUACUGGGACACCACUGACCGGCCACAGUGUCCCCUCUGCAAGAAACAGUUCCACACUCGACCCCAGCUUCAGGUCAAUACAGAGUUCAGAGAUAUGGUCGGGCGUUUCAACAACACGAGGCUUAGGAGUGAAGAUAACACUCUUGCCAAACCAGGAGAGGUUCCCUGUGACAUCUGUCCUGGGCCAAAAUUCAAGGCGCAGAAGACAUGCCUGCUGUGUUUGUCCUCGUACUGCCAGAUUCAUCUUGAGCUUCAUCAAGGAGUCGCAUCUCGUAAGAAUCACCAGCUGAUUGACCCGGUGACAAACCUGGAGGACAGAGUGUGUAAGAAGCACGACAGGAUGUUUGAGUUCUUUUGUCUGGUGGACCAGAUGUGUGUUUGCUUCAUGUGCUUGAACGACGAGCAUGCAAUGCAUAGAGCCAUCCCGUUACAACAAGAGAUCACAGCGAGGAAGGCCCGGCUGGUUGAUGUUGUGGCAGAGAUGAAAACAAUGGAAAAGGCUAAAUCCAGGAGCAUUGCAGAAAUCAAAUACUCGGUGGAACAGAGCAGGAUACAGGCAGCGAAAGAGCUAGAAGAAAUUGCUGAAGUUUUCACUGACCUGAUACUCUCCCUGCGAAGGAGCCAGAUUGAACUGACUGAUUUGAUCAAAGGGAAGCAGGAAGCAGCGGAGAAACAGGCCAGAGACCACCUGACAAAGCUGGAGCAGGAAGUCACAGAGUUAGUGACAAGAAGAUCUGAAAUGAAGGAGCUUUUACGGACAGACGACGAUAUCAAGCUCCUACUCGGAUGUCCCUCUCUUGACUUUGCUGCACAUGGUAACCAAAUGGACCCUCUGUCCCAUUUUAAUCCUCCAGUACUACCUGAACUGUCUGACCUUAGUCCACAGACUUAUGUAGGGAUGGUGAGAAAAUGCGUGGCUCAGAUGGAGAAGACAUUCAGCAACGAGAUGGAGAUGCUAAUCCAUGAGGUCAGUUUAUCUGAUGGUUGCGAGGUGGCAAAACCAUCUGACCAGGCUGAAAAACCAAUGACAGAUGGGUUCAUUGAAGAAGUGUGGAAUACACCUCAGGACAAGCUCAUGAUGAUCCAGCAGUGCAAUGCCAUGGAUGUGACUCUGGAUGCCUACACCGCCCAUUUAAAUGUCAUGGUGUCAGGGGAUGGAAAACAACUGAGGGUUCGCGAUGGUCAAUCAUUUUUAUCUUCUUUAUUUGGGAACAGAGUUUUACAUAAUACCCUAGUUCUUGGGGCAGACGGCUUCACCUCAGGAAGAUUCUAUUAUCAGGUUCGGGUCAGUGGUUGUGACAGUUGGAUCUUGGGAGUUGCCAAAGAGUCCAUUAAUAGAGACAUGAUUUCCUUGCCUGAGGAUGGGUACUGGACAUUUUGUGGAUUCCACACCCUGUCCCACCAUAGAGAGACUUUUUUUGGAAACAUACGCGCAGAACCAGUUCGCCUGAGACAAACACCCAAGACAGUUGGUGUGUUUGUUGAUUAUGAAAAGGGAGAGGUCUCCUUCUAUGAUGUGGACACCCGGACUCUGAUCUACUCCUACACAGGAUGUAACUUCUUUGAGACCCAACCAGCACUAAAAGCGUUUCUCUUUUCUAUGGCUGGUGCUCCCUUAAGCAGCAGAUCAAAGCUGUUUCCUAGUUUAGGUAUCUAUGGAAACGAUCAGAAUAACGUACUCGAAAUCACUCCUGUGGCCCAUUAAACUGAGGCUUAGAGAAGAUCUGAAACCAUUUUGUCCUUCCACAAACCUGAACUUGUGAAUCAGCCAACUGAGUACCAAUCCAAUUUCUUGAGCAUUGAAAAAAGGACAGAUAAAAGAUUAUAAGGUACACUUUGAAGGGAAUUAUUUCUAGUAUUUCACGGUCAACUACUCAAGAAAAACAGGAGACCAUUGCCAUGUGAUUUUGUUUGUUGUGCAAUUCAAGGUUUUAAGAAGCCAUGACUCCGGGAUCUUAUCUGAGGGUUUGAAUAAAACCUGAAAAGUCAUAAAAUUAUCAUUAGGUUUUAAUGCGAUGGAAAUAUUGAUCACUUCUCCAGAAAACAGAAUUAGCGACUGGAAAUUUUUUCUAGUCUGUGAUGAAGCUCAAAGAUCCUCUAAGCUCACCCAGUAGCCAAACAGCAAGCAGUUUGCUAGCAACAGUACUGCUACGACAGACUGUACACAUUGUUGCCUGAAUGGUGCAAUUAUCUUGUUUUAAUCAUCGCCAUGUUCCUCUGUUUUGAUCGUUUUGACUAGCAUUAGCUCAUAUUGUUUAGCUUCAAGCUAGUUGUUAACUUUCAUGAGAUGCACUUUUCAAUACUAGCAUUUCUUCAUCCCUCUCCAAUGGCUUGUUCUGUGUACCUUGGAAGUCGGAUGUUGGAGUUAGGAAUGAUGUCACAUCCAAGACUAGUUAGAAAGUUGUUAAGCCACUGACUUCUGCUGUUGUUGGCAUUGUUUGCUAACACCAGGCGGUAACAACACAUGCUACGUGAUAGAGUACAAAAGCAACAUGAAAACAUGUCCACGGAUAAAACUUGCACAGUACCAUCCAUGUGACUCAUUAUAUUACACAAAAAGUGACUAUGUUGCUAAUAAAUUCUAUUAAAUGUAAAACUUGUACUGUUAAUACACAGUGCAGCCAUCUUGGAUUUCCAGCUUGGUUUCAGAGCCAUGAAGAAAAAUUUAGAGAUCUAAAUUUAAAUUUCAGCUCUCUUUUUUUUAUAAUUAAGGCAUAUAUAUUCUUGGAAUAUCUACCACACUUUAUAUCUUGAGGCAAGACAGGUAGGAAUAAAAUGCAACUAACAUUCAUUGAUUUACACUUAGCUUGUUGUGUUACACUCGUAUUUUACUGGGGGGGCCAGGCUGGAGCCAGGGUGUUGUCAGAGGGACACAUUCAACCCUGACAAAAGAGACUGAGAAGGGCGAGGACCGGCUGAAAACAAACUGGCAAUAUAUCAGUGCAUCCCUAUAUACUAGACAUAUAUACUACUGUGUACUGUAUCAAAAUGCAGACUGACAGCAGCUGUUUGGCUGUUUACACUCAACAUGAGUCCCUUAGCGCUCUAAGGGACUGGAACCAAGUGCCACACACGUGUUCCGCCUGUAACAUUGGCGUGAUACCGAAGCUUUUUUUAUUGUACAAUAUUUGUUUGGUGUGGAGGGGGGGGGGCACAGGGGGGGUCCAGGUUCAGUUUUACAGGGGCACUGGCCCCUGUUGGCCCCUCCCCAGAACCACCACUGCGUAUUGCAUAAAAGUCAGAGAUUAAACUGAUAAAUGCAGGGAGCAUGACUUACCAGACAGAUGAACCUGGAGGAGAGGUAGAAGGUUGCUCAGUCAUGUAUUAAUCUAUAUUUACAUAUAUAGUGCAGUGCCUAUAUGUAACCAGGGGAUGGCAGCAUUGUUUAACCAGUGUUCAUAUUUGUGUCUCAGCGUCACAGCAGUACAGACAAUAUGUACUUGUUUUUUUAUGUUAACAGGGUAAAAAACUCCCUCUUUAUCUGUUUUCAUUUUAUUGCAUGUUAAUAAAAGCUACUUAAAUUUUAA